UCAACCACAGUCGCCGGUACAGUCGACGGCGGCUUCGAUGCAACCGGUCCGUCGAAGAUCCGAAACGCCCGGUGCCGCAGCGUUUGGUUGUCGCCGGCAAAGAGUGUUUAAAAAGUGGAGCUGGGGUUACGCCUUGUGGAAACAUCUGGACAAAAAAAAAAAUUCUAUUGAUUUUCAUUAGUAAGUCGCUGCCGAACGUCAACUUCAGCUGCAGCUGGGGGCAACGUCAGAAAAAACGAACAACAAAACCCAGUGAGAUGAAGGCGUGUGAGCCAUGGAGGGGCAGAGUUUAAUGCUUUGCACGUUAUUUUAAGAGCCAGAGAGAGGGAGAGAGCCAGAGAGAGAGACUACAGCCCUGCACAGUCUGACUGGCACAACAUGCCUCGUCAUGUCCAGUGAAGGAGGGGAGAAGAAGAAGAAAAAAAAGUACCGAUGAGUGAGGUCAGCAGCGUAGCAUGAGUCAACCUCGGGGAUGUAAUGCAUGCAGUCAUCACCACCACCACCACCAUCGUCGUCGUCGCAGGUCGGUAUUGCGCGGGGCCUGCUGUUCGCCGCUGCUGGCCGCGCGGAGCCGCCGAGUUGUGUGCGCGAUCCUGCGGGCUGAGCCGCCGCUUUCAUGACAGGUGUUGCCUGUGAAUGAGGAGAACUCGUGGGCCAUCUUCAGAUCUACUCACCCCCGGGCCGACGACCCCUGGAGGGGUCACGGAGAACUUCAGAGUGGAGGAGAAGAUUAUCUCGGCCGACCUGGCUCCUGCUCACACUGACAGCCUUAUGUUUCUUUGGGUUUCCUUUUUAUUAUUAUUUCUUUUUAUUUCUUUUGGUAAUUGAUAUAUUCAAGUGACAAAAGGUGGAGCGUUAGUAAUCGGCUGGCUUAUUCAUGCCCGACAUGAGUGUACCAGCCCCUCAGAAAUCCAGCGCCAAACGGACGGGCAAGCGCAUCACAUUUUUCAGCGAUCAAAGCGUAGCAAUGAAGGAGCCGUCUCAGCACCCCGAGGGGUCUUAUUAUGUCCAAGGUGCCGCUUCCUCAGACCCGGGACAGAGCGAGGCUGCGAGCACCGUGACCUCCAACCCGGAGGGCCCUCACAUGUACCUCAACUCUGUCAUCUUCAGCCCAGACAAAGGUGACCAGAGCCGGGGUCACUAUCAACAGACUGUCCCGAUGAAGUGGGCCCACCAGGAGCCCAGUCCGCAGCAGCAGCAGCAGCAGCAGCUGCAGCCGCCGUCGCUGUCCCAGCAGCAGAGAGCUGCUUCCUGGACCCCCAUGACUAACUGGGGACAGAACUUUAUAAAUUACAUCGGAGGAGUUAACGUGACGGACUCAAGGACCCAGAAUGCAUUCGCAAAGUCGAUGCAUGAGACUUCUGGGUUGCAGCCGCAUCAACAGCCCACGAACAGAGCGACAGAAAAGCAGCCUCUGGGGGCCACAGAGGCCUACAGGGAUGCCCGGGGCCUGGAGUGGGAGCAGCAGCAGCAGCAGCCGCAGCCGCAGCCGCAGCAGCAGCAGCAGCAACAACAACAACAACAACAACAACAACAACAACAACAACAGCAGCAGCAGCAGCAACAACAGUCCCAGGUCUUUCAGGAAUCCUUAAAACCCGGGGCACUGAACACACAACAGCACAGCACACCGCACCCAGGAGCAAGCUCCGUGUUGCAGCCCUUCCAGUUGGCGUUCGGUCAGCCCAAGCAGCACCUGCCCGCCUACUACCAGUCCUUUCAAGGCAACAGGACGACGCUACCUAACCCGCCGAACUACCCGACGCAGGCAAAGCCCCCGCACCCGUUGCAGCAGCUGCAGAAGCAAGAGCAGAUACAGCGCCAGCAACAUCACAUCAUCCAGCAGCAAAUUCAGCAGCAGCAGCAGCACCAUCAACAACAAAUGCAGCAACAACAAAUCAUUCAGCAUCAACAGCAUGUGCAGCAACAUCUACAGCAGCAGCAGCAGCAGCAGCAACAAAUACAGCACGAGCAGCAGCAACAAAAGAUGCAGCAGCAGCAGCAGCAACAACAACAACAGCAGCAGCAGCAGCAAAUGCAACAGCAGCAGCAGCUCCAUAUUCAGCAGCAAAUGCAACAUCAGCAUUUGCAACAACAAAACCCUCAUGUGCUUGACUAUUACCCUGGUGCACAAAAUGCACAGCCCCUCCCCCAUCCACACCCCGUGGUGGUCCACUCCCAGGAGUCCUCUGCUCCAGCUCCCCCAAAGAUCCAGGAACCAGUCAUCCAGGACAUCACCCCGGAACCCCAGCAGUCGCCGGAUCCCCCCACUCUCCAGUCCGAGACCCUGUCCCAGUCGCAGCCCCCGGCACAGCUUCAGUCCCAGGCGCAGCUUCGCAGGUCGCGGCGGCUCUCCAAGGAAGGAGGGGCGCCGUCCGACAACCCCUUUCUCUGCGCUCCCUCGGACCAGGCGGCCCCGGAGCUGCAGGUCUCCCAGAACGGGGCCCGCGACGUCCAGGCGGCCCCGACGGGCGUCAUCCAGAGCACGCGCAGGAAGCGCAGGGUGUCCCAGGAGGUCAACUUGGAGACCCUUGCGCAGAAGGCCUCGGAGAUGGAGUCUCUGCCAUCACAUGUUGUCAAGGAACCCCGCAGGCCGUGGAGUCCUACCGAAUCGGAGGGGCUGAACGCCAAGCGGCAUCGAGACGACAGCCUUCUGCCGCUCGUCAUCCCCGUGUCUGUCCCGGUGCGGAGGCAGGAACCCUCCUCCCCCGACAGAGAUGAGGCGGCCCUGGCAUCCGGCUGGCCCCCCGGGCCUUCGAACCACCAGGACCUCGGGCGUGCGGACCACCAACCCUCGGUUAUUGUCACGCGGCGACGCUCGCUCAGGAACUCCCUGUCCGAGAGCUCAGAGCAGAAUGGCGGCACAGAGGGGGAGAAGGACGACGAUGGCAAAAAGUCCAAGCGGCGUCCCCGGCCGGAGCCCCUCUUCAUCCCGCCACCUAAACCCGGCUUGUUCAUCGCGCCGCCCGUCUACUCCAGCAUCACGCCGUACCAGAGCCACCUGCGCUCCCCUGUUCGCCUGGCCGACAACCCCCUCACCAUGCCCCCCUACACGCCUCCGCCGAUCCUCAGCCCCGUUCGCGAAGGCUCCGGCCUCUACUUCUCCACCUUCCUGUCGUCGGCCGCGGCAGCAAGCGCCCAGGGCCUGCCCCCUCCGGCGACGCCCAAGUCGGCCACACGCAGCCUGUUGCGUUCAAACAGCUGUGACAUCACACCGCCAGUGCUCACUGCGUUCAGCGACGCCACUCCAGUCAGCAUUGAGCCACGGAUAAACAUUGGGUCGCGGUACCAGGCGGAGGUGCCGGAGCUGAGGCAGCGGUCGGCCGUCGAGCUGGAUCAGCACUGCGCAGAUCUGGUCUGGGCUCCGGUGAAUGAGCUGCAGGAAAAACCUGACUUCCAUGAGAAAGUGGAAGACCUCAUGCACCUGGCCUGCUCCAGUGUUUUGUGUGGAGGAGGCACCAACCAGGAGUUGGCCCACCAUUGUCUGUACGAAUGCAACGGGGACAUAAUGGCCGCUCUGUCGCUGCUGAUGCUGAGGAAUCCCAUUUUCCCCAAGUCUCAUCGUCUGUCCGGCUACCACUACUCAGGAUCCGACAGCUGGACGGCAGCUGAGAGACGCCAGUUCAACAAAGGCAUCACGGCGUACAAGAAGGACUUCUUCAUGGUGCAGAAACAGGUGACCACUAAGACGGUGGCGCAGUGUGUGGAGUUUUACUACACGUACAAGAAACACGUCAAGAUCGGCCGCAACGGGACGCUGGUCUACGGCGAGGCCGAGCCUCUGGACAGCAGGGCGACUGAGGAGGAGACGGACCACAAGGGCUCUCACCGACUGGAGCCACAGCGGGAGGAGGACAGCAGGAAGUGGGAAGGGUCAGCUGACAGGAAGCAGGAUGUCGGCGCCGCCAGGGCGACGCAUGCGCUGCAGGCCAGGGAGAACCCCGGGACCGUCCUGAUCAUGAAAGGGCAGGAGGACCUUCCGCUGUCCCGGGUCGUCCAGCCGCCGCCCCCUGGCUCCAAACCGCGCUACGACGACGGCACGCGGCGGACGAUCCCGACGACGGUCAACAAGGGCCCCGCCGCUCAGGAGGGCGAGUUCCCCUGCAAGAAAUGUGGCAGGAUCUUCUACAAGGUGAAGAGCCGCAGCGCCCACAUGAAGAGUCACGCAGAGCAGGAGAAGAAGGCAGCGGCGCUGCGUCAGAGAGAGGCCGAGGAGCGAGCGGCGGCGGUGGCAAAGGCAGCGGCCGAGGCUGCCGCCCUGGCCGCCCGGCAGCAGAACGGGAUGCGGGGACAGGCGGGCGGGGACAGCACCAACGACGACUCGUCGGACAGGGAGGACGAGGACGACGAGGACUGGCAGUGAGGGCGGAGUUCCCCGCGCACUCUUGACUGUCUGACUGUAGAGUGGCCUGCUUCUCUGGGACGCGAGGAGGAACGCGAGUCCCCUCCUGUGAACUUUAGUAGAUUUUGUGGAACAAGAAGACUUCCGUUGCUUGGCACAUUCAGGGACAGAUGUUACUCCCGUUCGAGAGUGUGUGUGUGUGUGUGUGUGUGUGUGUGUGUGUGUGUGUGUGUGUGUGUGUGUGUGUGUGUGUGUGUGUGUGUGUGUGUGUGUGUGUGUGUGUGUGUGUGUGUGUGUGUGUGUGUGUGUGUGUGUGUGUGUGUGUGUGUGUGUGUCACACCAAUGCCCCUUUACUCUGCUUCAAAAAAGCUUUUCAGGAGUUACCUCUCUUGGUCACAGGGCUCGGUCAAAUCAAAGCCAUGCCGCUCCUCCCGGCGCUGUCCCGCUCUCCACGCCAGGCCCACGGCCUUCCUCAGCACUUUGAGUCUCGCCCCUCUUCGUUUUGUCGGGCGUGGAACUCGUUCGACCGCCCACUUAUGUCUUUCUUUCUUUUUCUUUUUUUUUUUACUCUAUGAGCCACGGCGCGCGCUUGCUUAAGCUGCAUCCCCAACUGUCAUGGCAAGUUUUGACAUUUUGAACUCUGAAAUCUGACAGCUGGAAGCAGCGAGACGAAUCAAAGGAGGCUCUUGCUGUUAGUUUCCCUGCACUAAGACGGACGGACGGAUGGAGAUGGAUGGAUGGACGGACGGACGGACGAAUGGCGAUGAAUGGAUGGAUGGAUGUCAUGUGCAAACUGUUGCCUCUGUUUCGCCGCUCUUCUGCACUCGAGGCUGCCAAAAGCUUUCUCAGACGCAUGACGUGCCCCCGGAUGAGUUUCCCUCCUCUGUUGCGAGUCGUUUCCACUCGGGCUCCAGUUCUGUGAAUCCUCCCUUCAGCCCCCCGUCGUCACUUUCUACAGUUCACAGUUUUGUUCCUUUACGAUUGAUGCCUUGGAUGUUUUUCAUGAUUUUUAUCUUGAGAUGACAAUCAAUUUUACACUGUUUUUGUUGUUGUUGCUGUUCUUGUUUUUAUAUCAAAAUAUAUACAGGCAAACGUUACUUUUUCUGCCUGUGUAGCUAUAUAUUGUUAUCGUUGUUGUUUUUGUGAAUAUUCUCGUUGAUGAUUAUUGAUAUUAUUAUUAUUAUUAUUAUUAUUAUUAUUAUUAUUAUUAUAUCCCGUUUUUGGCUGCAAUUCAAUUGAGCGCUUUUUACCGUACAUGUCCAUAGCUUAUCUUUUUUAAUUUUUUUAAUUUAAACAUAAAAUAAUGCUACUUGCUGCCUGUUUAUAACUGUGAGUUGUUUUUUUUUGAAGCCAGACAUGAAGAAAAGGCAGAAACAUAUGUGCAAUAGAACAAGUGGACCCGCUGUUACCACAGUGUCCCUUCCGCCCCUCUCCCUCCCCCCUCUCUGUGUCACACUUGGGCCCGGCUGCUCCGGAUGCCUCACUGUCAACACUGUAACUGAUCGGAGGCACUGACUCCGCAGGUCUCUAUAGAUACACAUGACAUGGUGGGAAAAGACAACAAACAGCACAAACUAAUAUAAGACCCAUUUCAGACAAAGAGGGGACUUUUUGUUUCUCUUUUUUGAUAAGAAAUAAUCACUAAUACAAUGAUACAAAUUGGCAGUAAGAAAAGCAGAAACUAAUUUGUUGAGGUUUAUUUUUUAUAUCUUCUGCAUCUUCUCCUGUUUACAUCCUCUAAGACUGACACUUACUGUUUUUUUUGUUUUUAGAAGCAGAUAUCAACAUGUAUAACAUUCCUCAAAGGGUGUAAAUUUUGUCAGUAGAUUAUUUAUUGUCAUUAACAAAAAGGGAUUAAGAAAGCGAGAAAGAAGCGCUCUUUACUGAAAACCACACUUAAAUUCAAAUGUCACAGGCUUUUCACGGACGCAUAACUUUUCCUCGUAGGCGUAAACAUUCUUGACCCUGAGAAAACUUUGACCAUUUUUUUUUUCAGGGGAUUCAGAAUAAGACUUACAUUUUCUAAAUGUCAACAUCUACUGUAUCAACAUAUGGUAUAAACUGUAUGUUCUCUACUCACUUAAUACAGACUGUUAAUCAUUGUUAAAAAAAAAAAACAGAAACUGAUACAAACAGGCACUAACAAAAACGUAAGUAAACUAUACAUAUUUGACCGUAUAUUUUGUAUGCUCAGACUUAUAUUUUCAUGGUCACGCCAUUGUUUGCUUAUGUUUGGUGUCUCUAAAUUGAAAACAUUUCAUCCCGGGAAGAUCAGGACGUCUUGACACCAACACAGUCCCGUUGAAACCUCGACUAUGUGGGUCAGCAGUUCCUCAACGGGCCACAUGACACAGCUUACGUGUGCGCAGGGGAGAGCGUGAAUAAUUUCAUGAAAUUUGCACACAGUCACAUUUAAAUGUAGAUUUCAUAGUCUGUCACAGACGGGUGGUUGCUGGGAGAAGAAAUUAUAAUAUCAAACCUCUUCUUUGUUGUUAUUUAAGGCCAAUGUUGCCAGUUUAACCCUGCAAUGUGUAUCUAUGGUCGCCUUUCAUUCUGAUUACCUUGUUGCCGAUAGCAGCCACUGGACUAUGGAAACGGCAUGUUUUGCUCUCUCUCUCUCUCUCUCUCUCUCUCUCUCUCUCUCUCUCUCUCUCCAUAUCUCUAUGUUAAGCCCUUCGGCCCAGAGCCAGCUUCUGUUGCCAUAGCAACAAAUGGGUUAAAAGGUUAUUUUCCUUUAAAGGACAAACCACGGUGGGGAGAAACUGCUCCAAUUACCAGUUACUCUACAAGUUAAACCUGGGUCUAUGCACAGACUGUGUGCGUGUGCGUGUGUGCGUGACUGCUUCGAGGUCAAAUGUUUAACUGUAUGUCAGUCAAUGAAAACAAAAAAAAACAUGUUUCACACAUUUUGGUAUGUUAAUUUAUAUUUCCUUUUUUUAUCCGGGCUCGUCUCGAGGUUUCUCGCUGGGGGAAAGUGUCUCGAUAAAAGAUUUUCAAGCUAUUUUUUUUCCAGGCAGAAUUGCGGAUGAAACUGAGGCCGCGGCACAAACGCAGCCGUAAACUUUCCUCGUUUCAUCCAACUGGGUAAAGGGAAUUUUGGUGGGUUCAAAAAAAGGUUUAUUUAGCUAAGAAUUAGAAAAUAUAUAUAUAUAUGAAUGAAACUAUGUUGCAUACUUUCUAUGCUAUUUUCAUAUGGGGUUCACACUAAUGAUGAGAAUGGAAAGGGAUCUCAAGUGCUUUUUCUAGUGUAACUUAUUUGUUUCAAUUUUGAUUUUUACCACCUGUGUUUUUAGUAAUGAUUCAUGAAGCACUGUAUAUUAAAGUUUUAAAGUAUUCAGCAA